AUGGACCGGAAAGAAAAAAUACAAGAUUCUCCUAGCGAGAAUCGAUUGCAUUCGCUAUUUAGCAAUGUGGGAUCACCAGAUAUGCCUAAUACCAAAAACAAUUCACGAUUCUUUGAGUCUCCAAGCAUCCCUGGCGACAAAACACUUCAAUCUCCAUCUAUGAGGACUAACUUACAAGAUACCCGAGAUACAAAUUCCAGCACACUUCGCUCAACAGUUAUUAGAAAAACCAUUUCGCCUAGAAGAACCUUACUUAAAAAUCCAUUUGUGCUUGGGUCAGCGGUUAAUGAAAUAAACCAAACUACUAAGACCACUCUUACAAAUAGGCUGCAAGAAAAACUUAAACAGCUUGAAGAAGAAUUACAAGUGGGAAGAAAGUCUGAAAUAUCGAUCCCGUCAAAGAUAGGAGGAAGCUUUAUAGAAAAAACUGAAGAAGUCCCGAAAACACAGUCUCUUGGAGCACCUGUGCCUAUUCCUUGAAAUAACAGUUUUGGGGAGUCAAGGUUUGCUACAGCAAUUGAAGAUGAGGAUGAGCAUUCUGAUGUUCCAACACUCAAAUGAUGUGCAUUUUGCAAAGGAGAAGUUAUGACUGAUAUUUGCUACACUAAUUCUGCGAAGACUUUUUGGUCUGCAGUUGGGAUUUUCUUACUCUAUUUAAUCAUGAAGCCUUCUUAAAUCAAUAAUUUUAAAUUUAAAAUGGUUAUUUCUAAUAAAAAAAAAUUUAAUUAAUUUAACUAAGUCUAGUUGGGCUUCUAAUGGUGAGACACUUUUUUUCCCGUCUUGUUGCAACUCUCUCGAACUUAUUUCGGGCCUCGCACUCUGGCUCGCUCCUCCUAGUCCCCGUGAGGCCUUCGGGAUCCUUUAAAAUGGGAAAACUAGCGACUUUGGGUGGCGCUUUGCUCUAUCCGACUUUCCUUCAGUGCCUGCUCGACCUAAGAGUCCUGAACUUCAUAUCAGCAGGGGAAAAACGUAAAACACGAUACACAAAUUCGAGAAGUAUAAAAUUCCUCGUCAUUUUCUCAGCUUGAUCAGAAUUUCGCGUGCUAAAACCUAACCCCUAAUAAAAAGUUGGGUAGGGUAAAGGAAUUCAUGGAGCGAAUGACCUUUUCAUCCGAAGCCAUUUUAUUAUUAUUAUGAUUAUUUCUAAAACAGAAUUAUGAUUAAUAAUCAAAAAUUAAAGAAAUAUUAAUAAAUUUAGCUAAAGGAGGUGUUGAAAUGAUUCGUAUAUUUCAACAAUAAAUUAUUAAAAAUAAGAAUAGGUUUAUAUUUUUAAAAAUAAACUGAUUUUGUUUCUUAUUCAGGAUAAGUUAGUUGGCGGAGUAUUUGGUUGCUUUAUGCUACCAUAUAUGACAAAUCAGUGCAAAAAUAUGAGAAUGGUUUGCCAUAAUUGCAAACGAAAUUUGAGCUAA